UUGAUUUCGUCUGAGUUUCUGUAAAGGCACACUCCUCAAAAUUCGUAUCUGAGUAAUUUAUGCAGCUUCUGCUGACUGACAUUUCUUUAAGCGUUCAGUAUUUACUCAAGUCGUUAUUGUGAUGGUUUAACUUUUAAGGAAUUAUGCUACACGCACAUCAAAAGUUGGGAUUGUUCUUCCUGUUACUGAGUUUGUCUCUCAGUCUUGCCGACCCAGUUUACAUGGCUAUAGGUGGAGAUGCUGUCCUCAGACCACCCCCCAUGGAUCUUCCUAUCAAAAGCAUAGAGUGGAAACACAAUGAGGAUAUUGCAGCAGAUUGGCAUGGAAACGAGUUUGAGUGUUUUGGCCAGUUUAAAGGUCGUUGUGAGGUGAACCCUGGGACUGGAGCGCUGACAAUCAAAGGACUAAAACUGACCGACAGCGGCAUCUACACACCAGAGAUUAACUUCAAAGUCUUCAACAAGAUUGAACUCUCUGUUGUCUCUCGCGUAGCUAAACCCUCUGUAAAAACAUCUUGCAACCCUGAGAAUACUGACUGUAACCUGGCCUGUGAAGGCAACACUGCAGACGCUGAACCAGUCACCUAUAAGUGGUUUUUAGAUGGCAGGGAUGGACCUUCAGAAAAAGUGUUGGCUAUAACAAAGGAUACAAAGGAGAACAGUUUCAGAUGUAUGAUGAAGAACCCAGUCAGCAAUGAAACCAGUGAAAGCAUCACAAAUCCCAUCAUUAAACAACUGGACCCCUUGGCACUGGUCUUUGGACUAGGAGUUCCUUUGCUAGCAGUCAUCGCUGCUAUUGCUGCAUAUUUCAUCUACAGGUGCAUCACGGGGACUAAAUACGAGCUGAAACCACAAAACAACAGCAAAGGACAACACAGUACAAACCAACAUCACAGCAAUGGAAUUGAAGCCCAGAGAUACAGGCACGUCUCAUACACCUCAGUGCCAAAAGAUGACCAAAGUGGCGCUCUGCUCACGUCUGUAGUGGUUCAUAACCAGCAGACCUCUGAACCUCUGGAUACCAACAAGGAGCCUAGAAGAGAGGAAGAAAGAGAAGAGGGGACUGAAGAAGAGAUGAGACAAGUAAGUCAGUCUCCUGAUGAUGAAGGACAACCCAAAGACAACCAACAUCUCAGCAAUGGAGCUGUUGCUACAGGAACCCAGGGAACCGACCAGGUCUCAGUGACACAAAAUGGCUUCAGUGGAGCUGAGACUGAGUCAGUGACUCCAGAAACUUCCAGCAAGAGCCCGGCAGAAGCUGCAGUCUCUGACACUGACCAGAAAACUGAGCUCUCAUCUGUAGAGCCGACCUGUGGACCUCUGGAUACCAACAAGGACUCUGAGAAAUCUGCACUGAUGUCAGACAAGACACUGGAAACGAACUGUGAGCCAUCAGAUGAUGAACAGGAAGGAGAUGACCAAGGACAUGUUGACUAAUCUUGGGCAUACUCAACUUCUUUCCUGUUAAAACCUCAAAAACCAGGGUGGUAGAAACUUGUUACAAUGUUACAGUGUCAUUUAGCAGACGCUUUUAUCCAAAGUGACGUACAUUCGAGAGCAAGAACAACACGAGCAAAAAUCUAGACGAGAAGAAACAACAUCAGUAAGUGCAGCAAAGUGCUUCAGGUCCAGUUGGACGCAGGUGCUGCCAUGCAGUGUUUAAAGCAAAGCACCUAAAAUAUAUCUUUCUUUUUUGUUUGUUUGUUUUUGUUUGUUUGUUUUUGUUUUUAUCUAUAAACACCAACAAUGAAUCAAGCAAAAUGUGAGAUCUCUCAUCUCCAUUCAUUAGACUUCACAACAACUAAUUACCAAGUACCAAGUGCUGGGUUAUUGACAAAGAGCUGGGCAAAGAAAUCCCAGAAGUAGAGCAGAACAGUGUGAGCCAACUGUAGUUGGGAGACUCAUUCAACCAUUGGGGACAACAGUAGAGAAUAGUCUAGCUAAGACUCAAUCUACUACUGGGGACAACAGUAGAGAAUAGUCUAGCUAAGACUCAAUCUACUACUGGGGACAACAGUAGAGAAUAGUCUAGCUAAGAC